AAUUUUUUAAUAAUCUAUAUGUUUCUUAAUUAUACAUAUUUAUUUCUUCAAAUUGAUUAAUAAUACUGUGCAAAUUAUUAUUAAAAUAUAAAAGAAGUAAAGACAUUAAUGGAAAUGUAAAUAAAUGUCAAUUCGGACACGCCAACUUUUUGCUUCACUUAAUCCCAGUUACUUCAGUCAUUUUAAAUCUACUUUAUGAAUCAUAAAAUUACAUAAAAAGCGUAUGCAAAUAAAUGUAUUAAACUUUUAUUACAUAAACUUUAAGAUUUUAAAAUUUGCAUAAAACUUGUAUAAACUAAUUUUGCGUUUUUUGUCUAAUCAAAAGUACAAAAAAUUUUGUUCACAAAUACUUUUGUCAUGUUCCUAUUCGUGUUUCCGUCUUCGCCAAUUGAGGAAAUCAAUUUAGUCAAUUGUAAAAAAAUGUUACUUGAUAUUACAAAAUAAUAGAAGAGAUUUAUUUAGCAACACUGAAAAGUGCCAAUGCGAACUUUAUUAUUGUUUUGUUCUCUCACUCUAUCAGCCGAUAAUCGGUGCUAUCAGCGUGUGUAUACCCCACUCAACGACACUGCUGUAUCAUGUCGCUAAUGAUAAGUGUCAAGGCUACAUUGAUUUAUCCGCCCAAGCAUCAGUUCUUAUUCGAAAAAAGAAACAUGAUCAUACUGGUGUCUCUGAUUUUCGGGGCACUCGUAGCCCUUUACUUUUAUCUUACGCGAAAUCAUAAGUAUUGGCAAACACUUGGAGUUCCGUGCAUGGAUGGAGCCCUGCCAGGAUUUGGUCACAUGUUGUCGGUGGCGACUAUGAGAACAGGCAUCUCUGAUUUCUGUGACAAGAUCUACAAGGAUAACAAGGGUCAUAGCAUGAUCGGGGUCUAUGACUUCAUGUCGCCGUUGUUGAUGAUUCUGGAACCGAAGCUGGUAAAAACGGUGCUGAAAACCAAUUUCUCGAGUUUCUCUGAAAACGCAGUCCAUCUCGAUUCCAAAUUGGACCCGCUUCUAUCAUAUAAUAUUUUCGGUCUUUCUGGUGAAAAGUGGGUAAACGGCAGAAAACGCUUGACCUACGCAUUCUCCAGUAUGCGACUAAAAAUCCUACUCGAAAGUGUUAAAAAGGUGUGCGUAACGUUCGAGGAUUACAUCGAUAAAAAGCUAAGUAACGUUGAGAAGGCGGAAUUCGAAUUGAAGACCCUGUUCUCCAGGUAUACUGCACAAGUGGUAGCCGCCGCUGGUUUCGGCGUGGAUGGGUACUGCUUCGACGACGAGAAAGAAGAUAUAUCUUUUCGAAAAAUCGGACAAUCUAUUUUAGAACCGACCGCGCGAAAUGCAAUGAUAUUCACUAUUGUGUUUCUCAUUCCGUCAUUGAACAGAAUCUUGAAGAUGAAAUUUAUUCCCGAUCACGUCGAUCAUUUCUUUAGAACCUUGGUCGCCGAUCACAUGGAACAAAGAAGAAAGGACAAAAUACCAAGGCAUGAUUUUCUCCAUUUGAUGGCCGAACUAGAACGAGCGGAGGGCGGUAAAUUCGAUAACGAAAUGCUCGCAGGACAAGCAAUGUCGUUUAUACUCGACGGUUAUGAGACUUCCAGUAGCACUAUGAGCUACGUUGGUUUCCAUUUAGCCAGCUAUCCAGAAAUACAGGAGAAAUUACGCGAGGAGGUGAUGUCCGUGCUAAACAGAUACAACGGUGAAAUCACUUAUGAAGGUUUGAAAGAGAUGACGUACAUGGACCAGGUCUUCAACGAGUCAAUGAGAAUGAUACCCGCAGCAGUGGUCAUGAAGAAGCGAUGUACGAAAGAAUUCGAACUAAAAGGAUCUGACGGAGUUGCAUGCCGUGUUCCACCAGGAAUGGAGAUUCUUAUACCAGUUCAAGCUCUGCACAAAGAUCCUCAGUACUGGGAACAUCCCGAGGAGUAUGAUCCUGAAAGAUUUAAUCCGGACAGAAAACACAGCAUCGAGAAAUUCGCAUAUCUACCCUUCGGCGAAGGUCCGCGAAUCUGUGUUGGUAUGAGAAUGGCUCAGCUGCUGAUGAAAGCAGGUUUUACUGUAAUUCUGAGAAAAUACAAGCUGGAACUAUCCCCAAAGAUGCAAGUACCUUUAAAAAUGAUUCCUGGAGCCCUUUUACCAGCACCAAAAGGUGGAUUUUCGAUUUAUUUUCGACAGCUUUAAAUACAAAUAUCUUCUUUCAAACUUUGUCUGAACUUUCAGCGUUGCGAAUAAUGUUUUUGUGUGCAAAGGAAAAAGUUUUGAUACAUCUUUACGUAACAACGGAAUUCAAAUUUAAUCAGUAUCCAUUAUUACUGUACUUUUAUACAAAAAUAAAAAAAUACUUGAAAUUUUAUAAUAUAUUUUCUUAUUAACAUUGUAAGUUUUUAAAUAAAUAAUAAAAUUAAAUUGGGUUUUUUUUUCAAAAAAAUUCCUAAAUUUUAAAAUGCUCUAAACGUGGAUUUCUCCAUGAUUCUGAACUUGUAAUUUAGAAAAUUAUUCAAUAUUUUAAUUCACUCAUACAGGUUAAAGUACUUAAAUUAAUACAUAUGUUUAAAAAAUAUAAUAUUUAACGUUAUAUUAGGUCAUUUAUUUAUUAAGAAACUUU